GGGGCCGAGCGCGCGGCGCAGGGCCGGGCGGCGGAGGCUCCAAUGAGCUCGCGCCGCGUCCGGGGCCGGCUGCUGCGCGAGACGCCGCGGAGAGGUUGGUGGCUAAUGUAACAGUUUGCAAACCGAGGGGAGUUGUGAAGGGCGCGGGCUGUGGGGCGCUUUGCCGGCCUCGUGGGUUCGUCCGCCGCGGUGUUUGUCCCAGAGCUGGGGUCACAGGACCGGAGGCAAGAGGGGCACGAUGACAGCCACAGUCAGGAGACAGAGGCCUAGGAAGCCAGCCUGUUGGGCCUUGAUGGCUGUGCUCUUGGCAGACUUGUUGGCACUGAGUGACACACUGGCAGUGAUGUCCGUGGACCUGGGCAGCGAGUCCAUGAAGGUGGCCAUCGUGAAACCUGGCGUACCCAUGGAAAUAGUCUUGAACAAGGAAUCACGGAGGAAAACCCCAGUGACUGUGACCCUGAAAGAAAAUGAAAGAUUCUUUGGAGACAGUGCGGCAAGCAUGGCCAUCAAGAAUCCAAAGGCUACACUUCGUUACUUCCAGCACCUCUUGGGGAAACAGGAACAUAACCCCCAUGUGGCACUUUACAAAACCCGCUUCCCAGAGCAUGAGCUAGGCUUCGACCCACAGAGGCAGACUGUGCGCUUCCAAAUCAGCCCGCAGCUGCAGUUCUCACCUGAGGAGGUACUGGGCAUGGUUCUCAAUUACUCCCGUUCCUUGGCUGAAGAUUUUGCAGAGCAGCCCAUUAAGGAUGCCGUGAUUACCGUGCCAGCCUUCUUCAACCAGGCUGAGCGCCGGGCCGUGCUGCAGGCAGCUCGCAUGGCUGGCCUCAAAGUGCUGCAGCUCAUCAAUGACAACACCGCCACUGCCCUCAGCUAUGGCGUCUUCCGCCGGAAAGAUAUCAACUCCACUGCUCAGAAUAUCAUGUUCUAUGACAUGGGCUCAGGCAGCACUGUGUGCACCAUCGUCACCUACCAGACUGUGAAGACGAAGGAGGCGGGGGUGCAGCCACAGCUGCAGAUCCGGGGCGUGGGCUUUGAUCGCACCCUGGGGGGUCUGGAGAUGGAGCUUCGGUUGCGUGAGCACCUGGCCGGGCUUUUCAAUGAGCAGCGCAAGGGUCAGGGUGCAAAAGACGUGAGGGAGAACCCCCGUGCCAUGGCUAAGCUACUGCGUGAGGCUAAUCGCCUCAAAACUGUGCUGAGUGCCAAUGCUGACCACAUGGCACAGAUUGAGGGCUUGAUGGACGAUGUGGACUUCAAGGCUAAAGUGACUCGAGUGGAGUUUGAGGAGCUGUGUGCAGACCUGUUUGAGCGUGUGCCUGGGCCUGUGCAGCAGGCCCUCCAGAGUGCUGAAAUGAAUCUGGAUGAGAUUGAACAGGUGAUCCUGGUGGGUGGGGCCACUCGGGUCCCCAAAGUUCAGGAGGUGCUGCUGAAGGCAGUGGGCAAGGAAGAGCUUGGGAAGAACAUCAAUGCGGAUGAAGCCGCAGCUAUGGGUGCUGUGUACCAGGCGGCUGCGCUCAGCAAGGCCUUCAAGGUGAAGCCGUUUGUAGUCCGAGAUGCGGUGAUCUACCCCAUCCUGGUGGAGUUCACAAGGGAGGUGGAGGAGGACCCCGGCAUUCGCAGCCUGAAACACAAUAAGCGAGUUCUCUUCUCCCGGAUGGGUCCCUACCCUCAACGCAAAGUCAUCACCUUCAACCGCUACAGCCACGAUUUCAACUUCCACAUCAACUAUGGUGACCUGGGCUUCCUGGGUCCUGAGGAUCUCCGGGUGUUUGGCUCCCAGAAUCUGACCACAGUGAACCUAAAAGGUGUGGGCGAGAGCUUCAAAAAGUAUCCCAACUACGAGUCCAAGGGUAUCAAGGCUCACUUCAACCUGGACGAGAGUGGUGUGCUCAGCCUGGACAGGGUGGAGUCUGUGUUUGAGACACUGGUGGAAGAUAGCCAUGAGGAGGAAUCUACCCUUACCAAACUUGGCAACACCAUCUCCAGCCUGUUUGGAGGUGGAACCACAGCAGAUUCCAAAGAAAAUGGUACAGAUACGGUCCAGGAGGAAGAGGAGAGCCCAGCUGAGGGGAGCAAAGAUGAACCUGGAGAACAGGCAGAGCUCAAGGAGGAAACUGAGGCCCCAGUGGAGGACACCUCUCCACCCCCACCCGCUGAGCCAAAGGGGGAUGCAGCCCCUGAGGGAGAAAAGGCUGCAACAAAAGAUGACAAGGAACAGUCUGAGGCCCAGAAGCCAAGUGAGAAGGGGGAGGCAGGGGCUGAGAGUGCCCCUCCAACCCCAGAGGAAGAAAAGAAGCAGAAGCCUGCCCGAAAGCAGAAAAUGGUGGAGGAGAUAGGGGUGGAGCUAGUUGUUCUGGACCUGCCUGACUUGCCUGAGGACGAGCUGGCCCGUUCUGUACAGAGACUACAGGACUUGACGCUCCGAGACCUAGAGAAGCAGGAGCGGGAGAAGGCAGCCAACAGCUUGGAAGCUUUCAUCUUUGAGACGCAGGACAAGCUGUACCAGCCCGAGUACCAGGAAGUAUCCACUGAGGAGCAGCGUGAGGAGAUCUCUGGGAAACUCAGUGCUGCUUCUACCUGGCUGGAGGAUGAGGGCUUUGGGGCUACCACAGUGAUGUUGAAGGAGAAGCUGGCAGAACUGAGGAAGCUGUGUCAAGGGUUGUUUUUUCGGGUAGAAGAGCGCAGGAAAUGGCCGGAACGACUGUCUGCCCUCGAUAAUCUCCUCAAUCAUUCCAGCAUGUUCCUCAAGGGAGCCCGGCUCAUCCCAGAGAUGGACCAGAUCUUCACUGAAGUGGAGAUGACCACGUUAGAGAAGAUCAUCAACGAGACCUGGACCUGGAAGAAUACAACUAUGGCUGAGCAGGCCAAACUUCCUGCCACGGAGAAGCCUGUGUUGCUCUCAAAAGACAUCGAGGCCAAGAUGAUGGCCCUGGACCGCGAGGUGCAGUAUCUACUCAAUAAGGCCAAGUUCACCAAGCCUCGGCCCCGGCCCAAGGACAAGGAUAAGAAUGGAACGCGGGCAGAGCCUCCUCGCAAUGCCAGUGACCAGGGGGAGAAGGUCAUCCCUCCACCAGGUCAGACUGAGGAUGCAAAGCCCCUUUCAGAACCUGAGAAAGAGACUCGGUCUGAAGCAGCAGACACCGAACCUCUGGAGUUAGGAGGUCCUGGAGCAGAAUCUGAACAGAAGGAGCAGCCAGCGGGACAGAAGCAAACUUUGAAGAAUGACGAACUAUAACCCUCGCCUCCCGUUUCCCCGCUCCUCCCUACCCCCUUCUUCUACCACCUCUAUUUAUUAAACGUUGAGGGUUGGGGGAGAGGGUGGUCCUGCCCUCAAAGACUUAAGUUCCUUUUCUCUCACCUGUGACUGGAGGUGUGAGGAGGGGAAGGAAGCGACAGCUCACCAUUCCUUCUGGAGUAUUUCUGUGGAAACUGUAUUCCCCAAACCCACCCCCUGAUUCCCUACCCAUCCAGGCCCUAAUAUGGGGAAAAUCACUAUUAUGUCUUAAUUCUUUGCCUGUGGGUAGGUGACAAAGCACCAUCAGUGGUUGACAGACCUGGAAGUAGGAAGCAUAUUCUGGGAUAGUAAUCUCCAGUCUUCUCUGGCCAUUGUUCCUUCUUUCCUUGCCUCUUCAUGAAAUCAGUGUCACCCCGGGGGCCAGUGUCUACAGAGCCUUGGAUACCAGCUUUAGUUGCUGAGUAGCUAAGCUCUUUUUCUCCCUGAGAGUCUUUUCUUUCCCUAAAAAAUCCCUGUCUCUUUCCAACUCCUCUUCCAGUGGGUUGCCUUGACUUCAUGUGAAUUGAGCAGUUCUCUGCCUUCUCCCCAGAACCCUUCACUUGGCUGAAGUAAGCCAGGAUGGAGUCCCCCCAUACAGGGUAGUCAGGGAGAAAGUGAGGGGAAUCCAGCCACCUCUCCAGCCCUGUGGCUCCCACCUGGAUACUCAGGCCCAGGAGAGCCAGUGGAAGGCCUGGUGUGGAUUGCUGACUUGCUGCCAGCACUGUCAAAAUCUGCAUCAUCCUGGUCACUGGGUACCCCAGGUCCCUUUGACCCCCUACCCACUUAUCUCUCCUACUGUUUCUUCUCUCCCUGUUGCCCCCUCCCCCAAGCUGACCAAAAUGUGCUGUCUACUGUGAGACCCUACCCUGAGGUCCUGGGGGAAAGAGACCAUGGUGUGAACUCACAAGGGCCACCCUGCUUUCUCUUGAGGCAGGCUGUGUGAGUAAAGGAGGAGGGUACAGGCUGGCAUUCCCUUCAUGAAUUGCUCUGAGGCAGGGAUGGCAGGGUGGGAGGUUCUUACCCAUCCUGCCAGCGCUGAGGGAACCUGUCCUCUAGUGUUCCAACUGUACCUGAGCCGGGGCUGCCUCCCCAGCUCCUUGGGCAAGGCAGAGGAGCCUGGUUAUGUCUGUCUUUUGUCUUUUUUUCUCUUCCUUUUUUUUUUUUUUUUUUUUUUUUUUGCCACAUUGGCAGAAAUGAAACUUAAGGAUCACCCCCUCCUAUGUUUGAGCUCUUUCACUAGCAUUUGAGGCUGGUUGAACAGGUUUGAGUAACAUUGUACUUUGCUCCAUUGUUAAUUGAAAAACUGUUUGAAUAAAAUAUUCUUUUCUAUA